CAAAUACUUACCCAUCUGCAGGCAAUUAGUGGACUGCUGCAGCUGCUGAUUUGAAACUAAUUCCAAAACUUGUGCAAUUUUUUUGUUUUGCAAAAAUGGUGUUUCAAAUUGUGCGAUGUUCACCUACAUUGGCCCGCAAUGUGCAGCAACUAAGCCGCCGUCAUUGGGCGGUAAAAUCACUAAUCACGAGAAGCUUGGCAUCCGAAUCUUAUCGCACAGAGUCAGACACAUUUGGCGAACUGAAAGUUCCCGCUGACAAGUAUUAUGGCGCCCAGACUAUGCGCUCCAAGAUAAAUUUUCCCAUUGGUGGAUCGACCGAGCGCAUGCCGCAACCGGUUAUUCAAGCCAUGGGUAUUUUGAAAAAAGCCGCCGGUGAGGUGAAUAAGGAGUUUGGCUUAGACGCCAAACUAAGUGAUGCCAUUUCAAAAGCUGCUGACGACGUUAUAUCUGGCAAAUUGUAUGAAGAUCAUUUUCCCUUGGUGAUUUGGCAGACCGGUUCAGGAACACAAAGCAACAUGAACGUGAAUGAGGUGAUCAGCAACCGUGCCAUUGAAUUGUUGGGUGGUGAAUUGGGCUCAAAGACUCCAGUUCAUCCGAAUGAUCACGUGAACAAGUCGCAGAGUUCGAACGAUACCUUCCCCACAGCUAUUCACAUUUCGGUCGCUCUAGAACUGAACAAUAAUCUGAAGCCGGCAAUACAAUUCUUGCACGAUGCUCUUAAAGCUAAAUCGGCUGAAUUCAAGGAUAUCAUUAAAAUUGGACGCACCCACACUAUGGACGCAGUACCGCUGACUUUGGGUCAAGAGUUCAGUGCCUAUGCUCAACAAAUGGCAUAUGCGCUCGAUCGCAUCGAUGCUGUUUUGCCGCGUGUUUAUGAGUUGGCAUUGGGCGGUACUGCUGUUGGUACUGGCCUGAACACGCGUAUUGGUUUUGCGGAGAAAUGUGCAGCGCGCAUUGCUGAACUUACCAAACUCCCCUUCGUAUCAGCUCCCAAUAAGUUUGAAGCGUUAGCAGCUCGCGAUUCUAUGGUGGAGGUGCAUGGUGUUUUGAAUACGAUCGCCGUUAGUCUUAUGAAGAUUGGCAAUGAUAUUCGUUUUCUUGGUUCGGGUCCACGUUGCGGGUUGGGUGAGUUGAUGCUGCCAGAGAACGAGCCGGGCAGUUCGAUUAUGCCUGGCAAGGUCAAUCCAACGCAGUGCGAAUCGCUCACCAUGUUGUCGGCACAAGUGAUGGGCAAUCAUGUAGCGGUCACAAUAGGCGGUUCCAAUGGACAUUUCGAGUUGAACGUUUUCAUGCCGCUGAUUGUCUCGAAUGUUUUGCGUUCCAUACGCUUGCUAUCUGAUGGUUCCCGAACAUUUACCUGCAAUUGCGUUAAUGGUAUACAGGCAAACCGUGAACGUAUUGGAAAAAUCAUGGCUGAAUCAUUGAUGUUGGUCACCGCAUUAAAUCCACACAUCGGCUACGACAAAGCUGCCAAAAUUGCCAAGACUGCACAUAAGAAUGGUACCACAUUAAAAGAGGAGGCCAUCAAAUUAGGCUACCUCACUGCCGAACAAUUUGAGCAAUGGGUUAAACCAGCAGAAAUGUUGGGUCCAAAGUAAAUCCAUUGAUAUUAAAUUGAUAAUUGUUUGUCUACUUAAAUUGAAAUCGAUCAACGCUGUGAAAAGAAAAAACUCAUGAACACAUUACAAAACCAGUUCGGAAAUAAUAAAAAUCUUCUCGAGUUUA